AGGGUGGGGACCGAUUUUGCCGGACUUCCUCCUGGUUAUUACAUUGGCAGUGCGACCAACAGACCUCCAAAAGGAUGAAGGUUGAUAUACAUAAUCAUAUUUUACCGAAGGAAUGGCCCGAUUUGAAGAAGAGGUACGGCUACGACGGCUUCGUCCAGCUUCAGCAUCACUGCAAGGGUGAGGCGAAGAUGAUGAAGGACGGAAAGCUGUUUCGUGUGGUCCAAGAGAACUGCUGGGACGCAGACGCACGGAUACGAGACAUGGAUCGACAUGGUGUGACGGUUCAAGCCCUUUCCACUGUUCCCGUCAUGUUCAGCUAUUGGGCCAAGCCGCACGACACCUUGGAUCUUUGCGUCCUCUUGAAUGACAAUUUGGCCCAAACGGUGCGCAGCCACCCUAAAAGGUUUGUGGGCCUGGCAACGCUGCCCAUGCAAGCGCCCGACCUGGCCGCGCUGGAGAUGCGGCGCUGCGUCAGGGAACUGGGUUUCCCCGGCGUGCAGAUCGGCUCACAUAUCAACCACUGGAACCUGGACGCGGCCGACUUGGAUCCCUUCUACGCUGAAGCCGAAGAGCUGAAUUGCUCCAUUUUUGUGCACCCGUGGGACAUGCAGACGGAUGGGAGGAUGGCUAAGUAUUGGCUGCCCUGGCUGGUGGGCAUGCCAACAGAGACCACGAUGGCUAUUUGCUCAAUGAUUUUCGGAGGGGUCUUUGAGAGAUUCCCGAAACUGAAAGUCUGCUUCGCUCACGGAGGAGGCUCCUUCCCCUUCUCCAUUGGUAGAAUUGAACACGGCCAUAAAGUUCGGCCUGACUUGUGUGCCGUGGACAACGAGUGCAAUCCCCGGAAAUACCUGGGAUCUUUUUACACCGACUCCCUCGUUCACGACCCCGUCUCCCUCAAGUUGCUGACUGAUGUCAUCGGAAAAGAUAAAGUGAUGCUUGGAACGGAUUACCCAUUCCCACUGGGCGAGCUCCAACCCGGAUCUGUGAUUGAGUCAAUGACAGAAUUUGAUGAGACAGUGAAGGACAAGUUACUCGCUGGGAAUGCCCUGGAGUUUCUGGGCCUCAAAAAAGAAACAUUUGAGUCACAAGAAGAAUGACUCCAAGCUUUGACGGAGUUCAAAUCUCGGGGUCAUUGUUGAUUCAGACUCUGUUGUUGUUGGUGGUUACUUUUUUAGCAGUGAUUUUAAUGAUUCCAUUUCAGACAUUUGGAAUCCAAUAAGUGAGAAAAGAAACAACCAGACACGAAUAUGUUUGGCUGAAAUGAAAUAUGUUACGGUUUCUUCAGCAGACUUCAUAACGCAGCCAACACAAUAAAAACAUAUGUGUUGGGUUGUUUUAUUGCAAAAAUUCC